UUUCCAGGUCUUGAGACCUUUUUGUUUUAACAUAGGAGAAUAUAAUCACCGUUUUAGCAUCAGUGCUAGCAUCCACCAAAAUUUCUAGCAUAUCACUCUCCCGACGUCUAUUCGUCUUGUUAUCUUUCUUCAUCUGCCAGUAUUUCUUAGCUAAAUCCUCUUUAUGUUUGUUAAGCCGAUUCAACUUAUAGCUCAGAGAAUUUGUCGUUCUAGAGCAUUCCUUUUGCAAAGAGAGAAGUAUUUCCUGUUUUCGUAGUUCAUUAAUCGUAUUAAUUUAGUAGGUAGGUAAUUGUUUUCGAAAAAUUGGUUAUGGAAAACAGGCUAGUCAUGUUGAGCAAAAAUUAUUAGUGAAAGGAUAAAGAACUGCGCCUGCACACAUCCAAACAGCAGUUACUUUAUUAUUUAAAGAAAAAAAUUCCUUUUGAAUAAAUCAAACGCGAAACAAAGUACAGAAAAUAUAAGCCGUACCUACUGGAAAUAAUGUGAAAAGUAGGGAAACCAUAUGAUUAUUCUUAUACCUUCAAGAUUUUAACCACCCCCCUCCUAUACCUUGAUAAGCUACACAGUGAAAGCAUUUUUGUCUAUCACGAUGACUAUUCAAGCAAAGUUACCGUGGCCUGUUGUAUUUGAAUCUCAUUCCUGAAUAUAUCCCUUUGGUAGAAAUCGUCUUUCUCCUGAAGAGAUAGAUAGUGACUCAUAAUUGGAUUGUGUUGUUCCAAGUAACCAUUGUAAACAUCACGUAAUUUGCUCCAAUAUAAGUCUAUUUCUAAUUGCAUUGGACGGCAUAAAUUUCGCAUUUCUUCUUCAUGCUAAAAUAAAAACGUUUAUAAAGAUUCUAAAUUUAAAAACCAUACAGUAGUUGUCCAAUAGGUAGCAACAUACAUUGGAAAAUGUUUAAAUUCUUCUUAAGAACUAGAAGCUAACAUAUUUCGAAAGCAUGGCUUUAUACAUAAAACACAAGUCAGCGAAUUAGUUUCACAUCAGCUUCCUGUAAUCAUGGCGUCAAAUAUUUCCGCUUUCGGUUAAAAUGUAAAGGAUACCCAUGACAGAGUAAUUGUUUAAUAGGUCCAUGCAAAGCUAAUAACAUCAUCAAAUUGGCUUGGCUUGACGAAUUUACCGUCAGGCUUAGGCUGUUCCAGAUCAUUCGAGCGUAACUGUACCUACACCCAUAAAUAUAAGUAAUUCAGAAUGUGAGUGUUAUUUUGAUACUAUUCGCGUUAUUGUUACGUUGUUUAUUUUAGCAACAUGAUCCAAAAAUUCUCUAUAUUAAUCAUAUGUUCCUUUCUGUUAGAAAUCUAUAGUCUAAACUGCCGGACAGAGGGUAGUCUGAAAAGCGAUGAGUUGAAGAAAAUUUAUUAUAACUGCUUGAAGCAACAAGAGGGGAAGAAUUAUAGCGAUUACAAAAAUUCAUCUGAAGACUGGCAAGAUCGUGGUUCGGACAGAUCGGAAAAAGAAAGAAACAAAAAGAGGAAUAGAGAAGAAAAUAAAAACAGAGAACCAGUUAAAAAUUGGAUGGAUGACAGAUCAGACAGAUCGGUAUACGAAAGUGAUGAUAAUAGACAAAAUUAUCACGACCAGGGUAUGGAUGGAAAAAAUCAAUACAAUUACGGAAAAUCUCAUAACCAAAAUGACAGAAGAAUUGAUAACAAUCAUAGAAGGGAAGGGGAUUAUAGAACUAAUGUUAACAAUUAUCAGCAAAACGAUCAUAAUAGUCAGGACCUUUAUCAAAAUGAUGAAUAUGAAAGUGAAACGCAACGCAAUAUGUACUCGUAUCCUAAUCACCGUUAUAAACGAGAUCGAUCCGAAAAAAACUCUGGUCAGCGAAGCCAAUACAAUCCAAAUACUCCAAGAGCGGACGAUAACCAUCGCGAAAGGAACUCGAGUGAAUCCAAAGAUGGUGGAAAGGCGUGUGCUAUGCAUUGUUUUCUUAAUAACUUACAAAUGACAGGAGAGAAUGGAAUGCCGGACCGUUACCUAGCAACCAAUGCGAUGACCAAAGAUGUGAGGAAUGAAGAUUUAAGGGAUUUUCUUCAGGAGUCCAUCGAAGAGUGUUUUCAAAUUCUCGAUAACGAGAAUACCGAAGAUAAAUGUGAGUUUUCUAAAAAUUUAUUAAUAUGCCUAUCAGAGAAGGGACGAGCCACUUGUGAUGAUUGGAAAGACGAUAUACAGUUCAAUUAAACUAUUGUUAAUAAUAGAUUUACCUAAAAUAAUUACAUUUAUAAAUAAAUAUUCUUUGUAAAAAAAAUUUA